UGCUGCUGCUCUCUCUCAGAAGCCUCGCGCUGCUUCCGCGCGCCUCUCUUACUGCAAAGUCCACGGAGGUUCCGAAGGAGGAGGCUUUUUUUAGGCGGCCAGAAGACUUGGAAAGCGGGAAGAUUGCCUGGUGCAGCUGCAUCGGAGAGAAGGCUCGGGAGGAGGUCAGACUGCGGGACGCGAUGAGCGAGAAGGACACGGCGACCGACAAGAUCCUAACAGAUGCAAUGGCGAAUCCUUCUCCUGCAAAGAGCAUCGGUGACCCUGGCAUCACCCCCCUGUCUCCAUCUCACAUUCAGCAGAACGAUUCGGACCAGGUGCAGUCAGGGCCGUCCUUUGUGGUGGUGGUGGCCAUUGACUUCGGCACAACAUCCAGCGGAUAUGCUUACGCCUUCACCAAGGAGCCCGAGUGCAUUCACACCAUGAGGCGCUGGGAGGGUGGAGACCCCGGCGUGUCCAAUCAGAAGACUCCGACCACCAUCCUGCUGACUCCUGACAGGAAGUUCCACAGCUUUGGAUAUGCUGCGCGUGAUUUCUACCACGAUCUGGACCCGAGCGAGUCCAAACAGUGGCUGUACCUGGAAAAAUUUAAAAUGAAGCUCCACACCACUCCGAACCUCAGCAUCAACACUGACCUUCACGCAGCCAAUGGGAAGCGAGUCAAAGCUCUGGACAUCUUUGCAUACGCCCUGGCCUUCUUUAAGGAGCAAGCCUUAAAGGAGCUGAGCGAUCAGACGGGCGGUGACUUUGACAACAACGAUGUGAGGUGGGUGAUCACCGUUCCUGCCAUCUGGAAAAUGCCUGCAAAGCAGUUCAUGAGAGAAGCAGCUUACAAGUCUGGCCUGGUGUCCCGGGAAACCCCGGAGCAGCUCAUCAUUGCCUUGGAGCCAGAGGCAGCGUCGAUCUACUGCCGCAAGCUCCGCCUCCACCAGAUGGUAGACCUGGGCACGUCGACCACCCAGAACGGCUUCAACUCCAACGACAACGCGGGGAGUGGCGUGAGCCAAGCGUCUCCAGCUAAGGAGCAUGUUCGCCGCAACCGACAGAGCCGCACCUUUUUGGUGGAAAAUGUCAUAGGAGAGCUUUGGUCGGAGCUGGAAGAAGGUGACCGUUAUGUGGUUGUGGACUGUGGUGGAGGAACGGUGGACCUGACGGUUCAUCAGAUCCGACUUCCGGAGGGACAUCUGAAAGAGCUCUACAAAGCCUCGGGAGGACCCUACGGCUCCAUCGGCAUUGAUUACGAGUUUGAAAAGUUGCUGAGUAGGAUCUUUGGCCAGGAUUUCAUCGAUCAGUUCAAGAUAAAGAGGCCGGCUGCCUGGGUGGACCUGAUGAUCGCCUUCGAGUCCAGGAAGAGAGCGGCGGCUCCUGACAGAACCAACCCCCUGAACAUCAACCUGCCCUUCUCCUUCAUCGACUAUUACAAGAAGUUUAGGGGUCACAGUGUGGAGCACGCUUUGCGCAAGAGCAAUGUGGACUUUGUUAAAUGGUCGUCUCAGGGGAUGCUGAGGAUGAGUCCAGACGCCAUGAAUUCCCUCUUCAAGCCCACCAUAGACCACAUCAUUCAACACCUCACUGAGCUCUUUGAGAAGCCGGAGGUGUGCGACAUCAAGUUCCUCUUCCUGGUUGGAGGUUUUGCUGAGUCGCCCUUGCUGCAGCAGGCCGUGCAGAACAUGCUCCAGGGCCGCUGCAGAAUCAUCAUCCCUCACGACGUCGGCCUUACCAUCCUCAAAGGCGCCGUGCUGUUCGGCCUCGACCCCAGCGUCAUCAAGGUCCGCCGCUCCCCGCUGACCUACGGGGUCGGCGUCCUCAACCGCUUCGUGGAGGGUAAGCACCCGCCGGAGAAACUGCUGGUGAAGGACGGGACGCGCUGGUGCACCGACGUGUUCGACACCUUCAUCGCCGCCGACCAGUCUGUGGCGUUGGGUGAGCUGGUCAAGCGGAGCUACACGCCAGCGAAGCCUUCCCAGCAGGUCAUCGUCAUCCAUAUCUACUGCUCCGAAAAGGAGAGCGUGAGCUUCAUCAGCGAGCCUGGGGUCAGGAAGUGCGGGACUCUGCGCUUGGAUGUGAGUGGAACAGAAAGCACAGCGCAGCGCCGUGAGAUCCAGACACUCAUGCAGUUCGGUGACACUGAGAUCCGGGCCAUGGCGGUGGACGUCUCCACCGGACGCACCGUCAAAGCUGGCAUUGACUUCCUCAGCCACUAAGUACGCCUUCAGAAAGAUUCUGUUCCCGAGGGAAACCAUGCAGCUUACACUCAAACACAGGAACUGGUGGUCAUUACUAGGGAUGGGCGAUAUAUCAGAGCCAGUAUCGGUAUUGGACGAUAUUUGCAUCAUUUUAGAUUAUCCGUAUUGGUCCGAUAUCAAAAUUUCCACCGCUAUACUCCACCGAUAUUUCUCUUUUACUUUGACCGGGGGUUACAGUCCUUGUUUAGCACUGGUGUUCUCCCCUCCCCCCUGUACGUCUUACGCUAGACGGGGGAGGGGUCCCAGCAUGCUUUUGGCUGUUCAAGCAACACGAUAGCUGCGAUUCCAUUGACUCUGAAAUUUUGAAAAUUGGAUUUUUGAUAAUAAAUUAUCCUAAUGGAAAGAUCACAAUAAAAAAACUUGCAUUCUUAAAAAUAAAAAGUUUUUGCGCUUAGAGGAGGUGGUUUUCGGGGAGUGUUGAAAUAGACAUUUUUAGCAAAACUGUAAUGGAAACACUGUUAUUCGCACUCCCAACUCGUCAAAUAUGGACGAAUGGUUCGAGCCUCCUCCACAUCACUUUUUGACAAUUAGGGUAACUCCAACUCGCCAUUUUUGGACCACAUCCACCUGUCUUGCCCUCUGGUUGACAAAAAGGAGCUGCUUGGACUGGUAGCUAUGUUAAAAACAAAGCUAGCAGACCGCUAGAUGUUAUAUUACUAAUAAAGAAAAAGAAAAGGAAAUCUCUAAACUUUAUUCUAGACUAGGGGUCGGCAACUUUAACGGUAAAAGAGCCGUUAGGACUCGUUUUCUCCUGAUCAAAACCCAGAAGGAGCUGUUUAGUCUUACUUCAACCUUUAAUAAAUUUGGAUUUGCGUUCAUGACCUUCUUUUUAUUAAUAAUAAAUAUGAAUGAUGUCUAUAUUUGUGGCACGAACAAAAGCAAAAAUAUAAAAAAUAAUAUAGAGUCUCUAAAAAUGUGUUUUUUUUUUAAUACUUAAUUUUAAAAUAAAAAAUGCUCUGUGCCAAACAGGAUCAUCUCAGUUCAGCUCUGGGCAGUUAUUAACCAGUGUUGUGCAGUAUAAGAUAACAUGUGCUUUUAACUCAUAAAAGAACAAACAUUUUUCCAAAGUUUUGCUUUGAAUAUAAAAUGUGUUCAUUCCGAAGGUAGCUUUGAGAAAACAAGACAUCUUCAGGUCAACAUCAAUGUAAAAACCUACAAUUUAUAAUUUUAACUAAUCUAAAUUAAAUGAAUUCUAAUUAUAUAAUCCUUACUUAAAAUAAUAGCUAUUUUCGUUUUUUUUGUUUUCUUUUUUUUGUUUGUUUGUUUUUUUCCUCUCUUAUACUGCUGGGUUUUGUUAUUUUAGUUUGGGGUUGGACCUUGCUAGUCUUUUGCGGACUUUGUUUUUUUGUU